UUAAAUAAAAAAUUGUUUCGCUGCAGUAAAUAUUCUUUGAUUAAGCCCUUCAAAAGCAGUGUUGAAAACUCAUCCCAAGACUAAAAAAAGGAACUUAUCAACAUGUUGCCUAGCCAGCUGGUUUCUAUGCCCAAUAAGAGUUGCCUUAGUUGUGUAAUCUCAUUAAGUUUGACUAUUCUUCAUGUACAUGUCAAUAGAAAAGAAGAUUAUUAACAUGACAUAUAUAUCUCCUCGAAAGAAAAUUGAUAGACAGAAAUUAAGCAAAGUUGGCAAUUUAUUUUUAUUUUUUGCUGAAAAUGUAUGUAACAAGGCCUAUGUCUUACUACCAAAAGAAUCCAGAUGCUCUUUCAUUACCUCCUGAAGGUCCAAAUUCAGGUUACUUAGUAAUUCAAGAUGAGGAAUCUGAAACAUAUUGUUGUUUUGGACUUUGCAAAAAUUAUGAUAUCAUGGACAUGCCUUUCCCUCAGAACAAGAAGCUGACUGUUCGAUACACAUCGGGUUCUGCUGAGCACAGGAGAGUUAGCAGGGACGAUGUAAUGUUGGGUUCUGCUGAGCACAGGAGAGUUAGCAGGGACGAUGUAAUGUUCAUUCCAGUUCUUAAUAAGCCAUUGUCUUCCAAUCAGUAUUAUGCUAUCAAACAUCAUGGAAAGCGCAAGGGACAAGCGUUUACUUGUUCAAAGGAAGAAGACAAGCAAACCUGUUGUUUCUGCAGAUCUGUACGAGACGUUAAACCAAAGCCAUUAGAUCCAGAGGAGACAUAUCAGCAGUUUGAGAUCUGUUUAUAUGAUACAGGUUGCAAUGCCAAAGGUAACUUUUUUGCCAAGUCUCUUGCACCUGACGGUUUUCCACCGUACUUUCUAAGGCGAAAAGGUUGGCAUCUUCUUGCCGAAACUCCUAAAAGUUAUGAAUUAAACCAUGAUGCUCUAGGCCUCAAUGCUGAGUUGAGGCAACAACUUCCAGGAUUCAAUUUCACACCAUCUUGUAAAAGUUCUGAAGUUGUUGUCGUGGGGAAAUGGUAUUGUCCUUUCGUGUUUAUCAAAGAUGGAACAGAACUUAAAGAACAGAUGAAGAGAUCAAUGUUCUAUGAAAUGACACUUGAGCAGAGAUGGGAGCAGUUUUUCACUUGCCAAAAUGACAAAAUUAAUGAAGGGAAUUCAGUACUUGUGGAUGUUGCACUUGACACAGAAGUUGUCCUCAUAGCUGAAACUAAUAAAGCAACAUGGGAUGAUAGAAACGUCGUUCAAGGAGUAAUAUGGUUUAGAAGCUAUGGUAAAGAUGGAAAUGAAGCAACAAGUUUGGGAUUGAGACGAGAAAUCGUUCAAAGAAUGAAAUGGGAACAAGAAAGAGGUGGAUGGCAAAAUCAAGGGAGGAUCAAACAAGUUGAAGAAAACAGAGAAAAUGGUACUAAAUGGAAAAGAUUCAGUUGCUAUGUUUUGGUUGAGAGGUUUGUGUUGAGAAGAAUGGAUAGAAGCUUAGUGAUGACUUAUGAUUUCAAACACAUUGACAAGGUUAAAAGCAUAUGGGAGUAAGACAGUGUCAAUGUUUCUGUGUGCAUGUGUGACCUAUGUGGCUCGGACUCCCAAAAAAUGUUGCCGCACUUGCAUUGAGUCCUACAAAUACUCUACUUUUGGAAGAUCUGACACAAACCCGGUGGCAUUUUUGAAGAGUCCAAGAAACAUAUUGUGUGAUUAUGAUUUAUUUUUUUUAUUGAAGGUAAUGUAUCAAAUUAUAUCAGUGUGAUUUAACAGAUUGUAGUAGGUUGUUACUCUAUUUUCCAUUUUGCAAUAUCAGACUUACUAUGAAGAGUACAUG